AUGGCCUCCAUUGCCCUCAAAACCUUCACCGGACUCCGCCAAGCCUCACCGGAGAACCAUCACUCCAUAUCACUCCAAAAAGCUGUAGCUUUACCCUCCCAAACCCAUCGGAGGAUUCAAAUAAUAGCAGGAAAAACAAGCCCCAAAAUCACUGGCCGUAACCUCCGAGUGGCCGUCAUUGGUGGCGGCCCAGCUGGUGGCGCCGCCGCGGAAACACUAGCUAAAGGUGGAAUAGAGACAUACCUCAUCGAACGCAAGCUCGAUAACUGCAAACCAUGCGGUGGUGCGAUUCCCCUCUGUAUGGUCGGAGAGUUCGACCUUCCAUUAGAUAUCAUCGACCGGAAAGUCACCAAGAUGAAGAUGAUCUCCCCCUCCAACGUCGCCGUCGACAUCGGCCAAACCCUAAAGCCCCAUGAAUACAUCGGCAUGGUCCGCCGUGAAGUACUUGACGCCUAUCUCCGAGACCGUGCUGCCGACAUCGGCGCCACCGUCAUCAACGGACUUUUCUUGAAAAUGGACAUGCCCACCUCUGAAAAUCAACCUUACGUCCUUCACUACACCUGCUACAAUGCCAAGACUGGCGGUGCCGGCGAGAAGAGGACAUUAGAGGUGGACGCUGUCAUUGGCGCCGACGGUGCCAACUCGCGAAUUGCAAAAUCCAUCAAUGCAGGAGAUUACGAAUACGCCAUUGCUUUCCAGGAGCGAAUCAAAAUACCAGAUGACAAAAUGAAGUACUAUGAAAAUCUAGCAGAAAUGUAUGUCGGAGACGAUGUGUCGCCGGACUUUUACGGGUGGGUGUUCCCAAAAUGCGACCACGUAGCCGUCGGAACCGGGACUGUAACUCACAAAGGCGAUAUCAAGAAGUUUCAACUGGCGACUAGGCUCAGAGCCAGAGAUAAAAUAUUGGGUGGGAAGAUAAUUCGAGUGGAGGCACACCCAAUACCGGAGCACCCCCGGCCACGGCGGUUGUUUGGGAGGGUAACAUUGGUCGGAGACGCAGCUGGCUAUGUAACAAAAUGCUCCGGCGAGGGGAUAUAUUUCGCUGCGAAGAGUGGGCGGAUGUGCGCGGAGGCGAUCGUGGAGGGGUCGGAGAACGGGAAGAGGAUGGUGGAGGAGAGAGAUUUAAGGAACUACUUGGAGAAAUGGGACAAGACUUAUUGGCCGACGUAUAAGGUGCUUGAUGUGUUGCAGAAGGUGUUUUACAGGUCGAAUCCGGCGAGAGAGGCGUUCGUGGAGAUGUGCGCCGACGAGUAUGUGCAAAAGAUGACCUUUGAUAGCUAUUUGUACAAGAAGGUUGUGCCUGGGAAUCCAUUGGAUGACUUGAAGCUUGCUGUGAAUACUAUUGGGAGCUUAGUUAGGGCUAAUGCACUGAGGAAGGAGAUGGAUAAGAUGAGUGUGUGA